CGUCGGAAUAAUGGUUGUUUCGACGUCUUAUCCAGAUUGACGAUCUGCAGUGAGCAAGUGCAGGAGUCAGUGUGGACAUGUUCAUGCGAAGUCUACAUGUACUGUAUGUGUGGGUGUACAUGUACAGUGCACUGUACAUAUGCAGCACACAGCGUUCAUACACUCUGCCUACCCGCAUCAACCUUAAAAUCUCCUGUUUAUGAUUAUGCAAAAAUUGACAAGCGCAGAUUUAUGUCGAAAGCGUGCUGUUCGUUCGUCUGUUAAUCACCCUCCAUCGACUGAAUAUUAAUUCGCCAAGUGCCCGGCAAGUCGUCAUAAAAGGAUGUUCAUAUUUUCAAUUGUUUCAUAUCAAACUAGCCUGACCACAUAGUCCACCUGUUGGCUGCAUAGUCUUCCGUUCAUUUCUGCACGUCUUCACUCUAAUGCCAAUGGGAUCGCUUCGAUAGGUUUAUCAACAGCAGAACGGAAUUGCGUCAGCACAGUGCUACAUCAAGGUUUACCACGGACAUACACUUCCUGACCUUUCAAAUAAAGAUGGAAUGUCUGUCUAAAAUUUAAAAUAGAUUUUUCUUUCACGCCGACGAAUCACUACAUGAAAUGUUACUUGUGUACCAGCAACAGUAAGACAAUGUUUAUCCCUACCGUGUUGUAAACAUUCCACGGUGCUGAGAGAGGUUUGGAGACAUUUAACAUUAAAAGUGCCGUCACCUGCUACUCUCAAAGCCACUAAUCACUUUGCCUUUGUCGCUGGAGGAUUUGCUGAGUUCAACCACUUUAUCUGGUCUCAUGUACCCGAAGGGUCUUCGUCGCAGAGUUCGGAGAACUGACCAAUGAGGUGACUGCAUCGAGUAGAAUAAAGCUUAAAAACGCGGUGGUUGUGGUACCCAGCUCGUACUGACGUAGGCGUAUUGCAACCGCUACACACGAGCAGAAAGGGUGGCACAAUUCUAUGCCCGUAUCAGGAAACGUUUGCACGUAACUGAUUUCAAACGAGUUUUUGAGUGCAGGAAUCAUUCCUACCACCCAGCAGUAAAGCACAUCUUAAAGACUGAGUGUUGGUACCGGUAUAUCUGCAGUCACGGGAUCUCUGUUGUGCGCAUGAGCAAUGGCUUCUGUUGCUGUUACAGCUAACGUAAUGGGGAUUGGUCGAGGACAUGGACUUCUCCCCAGAACCUUGCUGGUUCCCCCACCUCAGGUGACAACACCUGUCAGCCCAGUGGAUACAACAACGAUAAGCCGUAAUGGAUCCACGAGCCAGUCCGUGCCAUCACCUACCCCAUUUACGCCUAGCCCAACACUGCAGGACAGUUUCAACUUCACGCCGGCUACUAGUCCAGAAGAUAGGAAAAAUGUGGGUUUACUGCUGAGUAUGGAGAACGACCAGAAGAGGGCUGUUGCACCCAAGGCUGAACUGAAAAUCAAGACACAACAACAGACAGCUGAGAACUGUUUGCAGUCCCCUGUCUCACCACAUUCAUUUCUGGGUAGUCCUGCGAUCCCCAUUUCCGACGCUCCACACAUUGAACCAGUUGCAAGAAUGCAGCAUUCCCCUCAUGUUACCUGGACUUUCCCUACUGUUGUCAACUCAUCCCCAGCCACACAAGGCCUAUCUGAGCUCCAGAAUAAUGCCACCUUUACCAUCCAUCCAAGAAGCCAGAAUGUAUUUUGCAACGUCAGACAAGCUGGUUUCGCCCCACUCAUUGAACGGGCUGGUGGUUCCAAAGUCAUGCGACGUGUGUUCACCAACAGCCGUGAGCGAUGGCGACAACAAAACGUCAACUCAGGAUUCUCUGAGCUUCGUAAGUUGCUGCCCACUCACCCAGUCGAUAAGAAGCUCAGCAAGAAUGAGAUUCUACGGUUGACCAUCAGAUACAUCCAGUUCUUAAUGGAUCUAAGAGAUGAGCAACUAGCCCAGGAUGCAGCAGAUGCUAGAGCUGAAGGUGAGAUGGACACUAUCGAAUGUUCAUCCAGCAUUACCGAUAGCUCCAAGAAGGACAGAGUCCCCGUCGCUUCUUCUACCAUCUCCGUCCAAAAUACUGACACCAGCAUUUGCCAUCAGACACUGCGGCCAAGAGGUAGUCGCAGCUCAUCCGAGAGUGGCAUCGGAGAUACCGACAGUCUCUGCGGGAGUGCAGGCAGCGGUUGUGACAGCCAAGGCAGCGUGUACUUCAGCGACGAUAACGUGGGAUCGGUCGACUCUUCCACUUGGUUUUCCUCCCCCGAAAGUAAUCCGAGUAUGUAAGAAUCCCAUUCAGCAGUAAAUUUUAAAGUUUAAUCUUAUCUUUAACACUUGCAUGGGUUCUUGCAGAUCAGAUGUUCCAUUAAACAAGAUUGGUGCUUGUGACAUACGCAUAUAUCUUGGUAAUUACAUUAUUGUUUGCAACAAGUUUGUAAAGUGUAUCAUGUACAUGUAUUAUACUUUCCUGUCAAGCCACAAACGACCAUAAACGUAUAUAUUACAAAGAACUGAUUGAAAGGCAUCAAUUAUCCAACAGCUUUUAUUUUUGGCUUUAAAUACUAAAAAUGCGAGAUGUGUCAUUCGCAUAAUUUGCAUAGCAUCUAAGAACAUUGUUGAACGACUAAUGCGUUCCCAAGUAGAGUUAAUGUGUUGUUGGCAUAGAUCACCAGAAGCAGACCUGACGUGUGGGACCUUGUUACUGUGUACCUCAAUCUAAUCAAUUAGCUUGUUUUUAAUGGAAAACCCAUUUUGUCUGGCCCGACUAUUUAUAGAUGGAAAACAUUCAAUCAAAUUUCCCAGGUGUGAUGGUAAAUUAACUUCCAUGUCAACGCUACAGUGUAUAAGACCAACAGGUUGACAUUUCAAUCUGAAACUGAAAUAGAAUAUGUUGGCGCAAAACAUUCCAGUCGGGUGAUAGAUAGUGUUGGGCAAAAUAGGUCACACUAAAAUAACGAUAGUGGCUGACAUGGCACGUACAUGUAUUUCAUUGCUGUUAAGUGCCGGACCUUCUGUGUUUGAGCACAAUCGUGGCCUUAUCAAGCAAUAAUGUUUUACCAUGUUCAUGUUAGUUUGCAAGAUGAAUAAAUCAAGUCGUAUCUGCAGCGGACACAAUGCAUGUAGGGAUUCCUUUAAAAAAUACUGUUGUUUCUGUGCAAGUUUACCGUCCAUUUAUGUAAAAUAUUGACUUAAGUGAAGUGAUGGUUGAAUAAAGAUUGCUGAAAAUAAACUUUCGGAGCGGUGCAAUCCAACAAAAUAUUGGCCGAAACAGCAAGUUUGCGUGAUUUGGGUUUGGUAUACAACAAAUUUCUCGGCAGCAAGAUUUAGUUCUGUCGAAAACCAAUGGUAGGAAUAUCAACAAAAUUGUAGUAUCUUAACACACUGCUUAAAAUUCGCCACGAUUUCAUUGUUUACAUUUUAUUUCGGAUCUUUCUCAACGUGGCAUAAAAAUCAGUCGCAUUCCUCCCUUUUUUCCAAAUGCCUUCGCUCCAACCUUUCAAAUUAUCUUACUAUUCCUGCCAUAUGGACAUUUAAUUUUGGAUGUACCUCUGGGAAUUUAUGUACUAUUCCACUGACUUGUUGACCGCAUGUGGGAAUCCAUUCCCAGUGGUGUAAGUUUAUAGCUAAACUGUUGUCACAGAUUGACCAAAGCGAGCGACCACAUUGGUCUGGAAACUUACCCAUAUCAGUAUAAACUGUCAGAUUUAUCAAGCAAUCUAGUGUUGCAUGACUGCAAUGGUCAAAUCAGCCUGAAUUUAUCCUACCACCUGUGCGCUGCAUACAUCGUCUUGAAAUAGUUGUCAGAAUGGAGCGGCCACGCUUACCAAAACUGAUAAAUCUUUUGAAAAACCAAGCUUUCACGGAUGGUGAGCGAAUAAGACCCGGUACACACCUAACUUGCUGUGAAGCUGUGAACACCCUCCCUUGUCUUGAAAAGGCACUUGCAUGAUACAUUUAAGAACCCCAACAUCGUUUAUAUUCGGCCAUACAGUCACCCAGUUAUGCAUUCCUAGCGAAAAGAAGAAAGCGUGUACUGACAUCUUCCUUAGUUGAGAGAUUAUUUUACAUGCAUACUUCUGAUAUCUGGUGAUUAAUUCAAUUUAUAAAAAAUCUGUGUUUUUGUGUGUGGCCUUCUGCCACUGCUGCGAAGUGAUACUUAUUUUCUUCAUCAUGCUACCAUAUUUAUUUUCCGAUUGCUGUUGAAAAUAGUACCGCCAGUCACUAUAAGUUCUCACUUUCAAGAUCAUUUUUGCACUUCAAGAUCUUCAUUCAUCAAGAGAAAACACAAUUUGAAACGUACGUGACAAAUUGACAUCUGAAUUUUAAUUCGUCGUGUGGAAUUGUUUCAUUUGGACAUUUUAAUAUCAAGAAACCGUCCAGAAGUGUUCCUUUGUUGAUGAUUCAUGCAAAGACUAAAAUGUGAUGGAAAAAGUUUUGAGAUGGGGGUUAUUUCCUCUCAUUUAGUCAAUAUUAAUUUGUAAAUGCAUUCAGAUUUAUGCUUGGAAAAGCACCAUAUGCAAAUAAUACGUGGGGUUGUAUCUAUCACUGUACACAACCUUGCUGUUGAUUCUCUUUUCACUCAACUUUGUUUUCUUGAAAGAAAAAACUCUUGUCCGUCCAGUGAUUGUAAGCGUGAGGCUUUGAAUGAAUCCAAACCCCGUGUGUGUAUGGAACGCAAUACCGUCCACUGAUAGUCCGUUUGUACCAGGCGUCAUAAAUUUAUUCACAAUUUCUGAUUUGGCCUGGGGGAUUUGUAACAUCGCGAAUUUAGCAUGUUGACAUCGCUUUAAUUCUGUGGAAGGUUUUGUUGAAUUUUAAAAGAAACAUUUAGAUGCAUUCUCUUCGAGGAUGAUUAAGUGGCCGUAUUUUGCGAUAUAUUUUAAGUUUCCACACACAGUUUUUAUAGGGUAGCCGAGAGUGAUAACAAGACAUGUAUACAAGAAUUUUCUUAGACGGAGGAAGUCCCAUCGCAAGAAAGUAACGAUUCGGAAAAGGGUUUUCUUUAUUUUUGUAUGAUCAAUACAGUCCAAUAGAGCUUUACGAAGCAUUCUUAUGUAUACUUUUGACAACUCGAACAUUACUUUUACACUUGAUAACAGUCGUUAGGUUUAAAAUAAACCUGCUUCAAACCAGUCUUCUAAAAUGAAGGACCAUUGUUGUCUUUCCGUGACAACCUUCAUUUUUAUGAACUGAACACAAAAUAAACGCAUUUUAGGCUUGUUACAUUACUCCACACGUUGGAGACUGUUUUGUAUUGCAAAUCGUAGGAAAUCGAAUGCGGAUGUGUGAAGCGUGUCCGGUUCUAGAUUUUUUUCUGUGUUGCAUCAUGAUGCAAGCAGAUGUUUAUGCUGGGCUGUGCUAUAUGUUAAUUUCACUAGUCAGUAAGUCUGUAAUUUAGAGAGAAAAGGUACUUUAUUUUUUUCUGAUUUCCUUUCUGUUUUGGGCUGGACCCAUUUUAUUAGAACGAAUUUAUUAGAAUUUAGAAUUAUAGAUACAAAGUAGGCAUAAGUUCGCUGUUUUGAAUUUAUACUUCUGUAAUUUGAAUUGUACAAUGCCAUACAUAAGCUGUUUUAUCGUAUAGAACAUAGUUAUAUAAGAGAAUACCCAUGGUCAUUAUUUUCUCCACAUAUAGCUUAGACAUUGGUUUGGCUUUCCUGCAGAUAGCAUGUGGCAAAGGGCGUAGAUGAAGUCCUCCAGCGGGAUUAUCCUGGCAUACAACUUGCAAAAACAAAAUCAACCGCAGAACAUUCAAAAGGGUGGGUUCAGCCUAAAAUAUUUUUACCACUGCAGGGCGCUGUUCACUUUGCUUGUUACCAUGGAAAAAGAGCAACUUUUUAGACCCUUUGCCCGGUUACUCGACAUAAAAAAAAUUACGUAUGAGUGUUGUUCUUGUCUGCCCUUUGUCGGGGCUGGGGUGGGGUAGGGAAACUAGAUCUCUGUCCCACUCCGAGGUCUGGGGCCUUGAUGGUGUACCUUGUCGUGUGACCUCAUCGUUAAGCAAGUUGUGCUUAUUGGAAGGUUACGUAAUUAAGUGAUCAGCAGGGGAUGUCUGCUGUCAUGUAGCUCCAAUAUCAAAGUUUAACUCUUGGGUAAACUGUUUUGAAUUGUUUUUCGACAUUCUUUCGUUUCUCGGUAAUUCUAUUCAUUUCUUGCCAUGCCGUUCAUAUCAGGUUAUAAAACAAACUGCACAAAUUUAGGCCGAAGGGGGCGCUGUCUGUACAAAACAAGAUUUUCAUUGUACCGGUGGAACUUUUAACCUCUUUGUGACCUUCUUGCCUUACUAGCCGCUUGACGUUAUAUUUUUGUACAUAAGUCAGACUUACAGAUGAAAGUUUGUUUCCAAUUUGUAAUAUAUUUUGAUAUCAUGCUGUUAGUAUUUCGUCCAGUUUACAUUCCUGUUAAAAUAGUACGUUAUGACAUCUAGUCCGCCCGCUUUCAUGUUGCUUGUAUAUAUUAGAUGCUUAUCAUGCAGCCUGCUGUACAUUCCAUAAUCGUUUCAGUAUAUCAUAGACAGUUAAGAUUAAUUCAACACAAUUUGUAUUAAAACAAUGAUACAUGAAG